GACAUAUCGUAGCUGGCAACAGCAAGACUGGCGUCAAGACCGACAACAUGGCAAAAGUCAACAGUGAGAUUUCCUUUUCGACCAGACACCGCCUGUCCAGUCCCACUUCUGACGAGGAGCUGGCCGUCAUCGAAAAUGGAGACAGCGGGUCUCACCGUCUUUGUGAUGAGAAUUUCGAGAGGGCGCUGUCCUCCAAGUCCAAAAGAAAUGCUUUCACAGGUCAGGGGGCGAUGGCCAGGCUCUCUUACUUCUUCUACAUGCUGCGCACCUGGGUAUUUAGCAGAAUGAACCCCGAGGUAAUAGAGAGGCACGAUUCUUUCCUGGAGCGCUUCCGAGGCCCGGAGCUGAAAGAUAUGUCCAGCCGGGACAGCAACGGCCACUCCCUGGGGCCCAACGAAGCCCUAAACAGGAAGAAUCUUGCUAGUAAGUGGCCGCUAGCUACUUACAACAUGAACAACUGCAACAACACAGAUGACAAAAAGGAGGACAAAAAAGAGGUCAAAAAAGAGGAGGCGAAGGAUGAUAAGAAGGAUGGCGACAAAAAGGGAGAGGAGAAGAAAGAUGAGAAGAAGGACGAGAAGAAGGAUGAUAAAAAGGACGAUAAAAAAGAUGAUAAAAAGAAGGAGGAGCCUCCGAAGGAGAUCUGGAUCAUGGACCCGGCAGCCGACAUGUACUACAGGUGGCUCACGGUCAUCGCUGGACCCGUCUUUUACAACCUCAUGAUGAUUGUCACCAGAGCCUGUUUCAACGAACUCCAGGAACGCUUCACCAAACUCUGGAUCUUCCUGGACUACACCUCGGACUUCAUUUACUACACAGAUACGUUCGUCAGGUCCAGAACAGGUUACCUGGAGCAAGGCCUGCUGGUGAAGGACGGCACUAAGCUAAGGAGCAAAUACAGGACGACCUCUCAGUUCAAGUACGACAUGAUUUCCAUGAUCCCCACCGAUUUACUUUUCUUAAAAUUUGGCUACAACAACCCCGAGUUCCGGUUCAACCGCCUUUGCAAGAUAUCCAGGCUUUUUGAGUUCUUUGAGAGGACAGAAACCAGGACCAGCUUUCCCAACAUGUUCCGUAUCAGCAAUCUUGUACUCUACAUUCUCAUCAUCAUCCAUUGGAACGCUUGCAUGUUCUUUGCCAUCUCCAAAACCAUCGGUUUUGGGUCGGACACUUGGGUGUAUCCGAACAUCAGCCAUCCUGAGUACGGUCGUCUGGCCAGGAAGUACAUCUACUCGCUGUACUGGUCAACGCUGACCCUCACCACCAUCGGGGAAACGCCUGCACCAGUGAAAGACGUGGAGUACCUCUUUGUCAUCGCCGAUUUCCUCACCGGCGUACUGAUCUUCGCUAGUAUCGUCGGUAACGUCGGCGCCAUGAUCUCCAACAUGAACGCCUCCCGUGCCGAGUUCCAGGCCAAGAUCGACUCCAUCAAGCAGUACAUGCAGUUCCGAAAGGUCACCAAAGACCUGGAGGCCAGGGUCAUCAAGUGGUUUGACUACCUGUGGACGGAAAAGAAAACCUGCGACGAGAAGGAGGUCUUGAAGAACCUACCGGACAAACUCAAGGCCGAGAUCGCCAUUAACGUGCAUUUGGAUACACUCAAGAAAGUGCGCAUUUUCCAGGAUUGUGAGGCGGGACUUCUUAUCGAGCUGGUGCUCAAGCUGCAGCCUCAAGUCUUCAGUCCUGGUGAUUACAUUUGCAAGAAGGGAGACAUCGGCAGGGAGAUGUACAUCAUCAAGGAGGGAAAGCUGGCCGUGGUGGCCGAUGAUGGAGUCACCCAGUUUGUAGUGCUCAGUGAUGGGGCCUACUUCGGGGAAAUCAGUAUUCUGGGCAUCAAGGGCAGCAAGGCGGGGAACCGAAGAACUGCCAACAUCAGAAGUGUUGGUUACUCCGACCUCUUUGCUCUCUCAAAGGACGACCUGAUGGAGGCGCUCACUGAGUACCCAGACGCCAAGAAGGCCCUGGAGGAGAAAGGAAAGGCCAUCCUCAUGAAAGACAACCUCAUCGACGAGGCAGUGGCCAACGCUGGUGCCGACCCCAAAGACCUGGAGGAGAAGAUUGACAAGUUGCAGGACAACCUGGACGUCAUGCAGACCAAGUUUGCCAAGCUGAUGGCUGAGUUCACCUCCAACCAGACUAGGAUGAAGCAGAGGGUCACAGAGAUGGAGGCCAAGGUGAAGGCCAUCAAACCUGAGGACCUGUCUGAAGUAGUAGCUGACAAGGACAAGAAAGUCCAGUAACACCUGAGAGACACGUGAAAGACGUUUAUUUAUACGAUUUCAAAUUGUGUACAAAUUCCACAGGACCAACUUUGUCGUGCAAAAUGUUUAAAAAUCCCAAAUAUUAAGUAAGCUUAUCAUUCAUAGACUUGAAAGUAGCACGGUCCUUCUUCCAGACCCUUUGGAAAAACCUGAAUGAUACCGUUUGAUACUGUACAUACAAAACUGCAUGACACUACUCACUGUAUUUGUCUACUCUGUCAUUUUAUAGAUAAAAUAAAACAGCACCACCAAUUUUGGAGUUGAAGUCCAUCAAGCUGUUGAGGGAGUCCAGUUCGGAGGCUUUAGGAUCUCUGCUCGUUGUGGAGGACAGUCACCUGAUGCCCACCGGUAUUUGUUGGGUUGGUACACAGAUGA